CAGAAAGCCAGAUGCAGCAAGCACAGACAGAAGAAGACUGAGAAAAGAUGGUGAAACAAGUUGCUCUGAUCCACGCAUGGAUGCUGCUACUGGCCCUCUGUCUUCAGCUGGGAGCAGCUGCUGCAGGUAAGUUACCUCUCAGUGACAGUGCCCAGGAUGGAGGUGGCAGCGGCGGGGACACCAUCAGCCACUCCCUGACCCUGGUGCAGCGUCUGGAGGCCCUGCUGCUUCAGGGAAACGGGAGUGACGUGUCGCUGAGGGUGGAGACGCCCAGCGCGGACGAAGUGAAGAUGAUCCAGGCUCACUCUCUGGUGCUCUCCCUGCAGAGCCCUGUGUUUGAGGAGAUGCUGUUGAGCCGCAACAGCAGCACACUGGUCCUCAAAGAGAGCUCUGACUGUGCCGCUGUGUUUGACAAGUUCAUCAGGUAUCUGUAUUGUGGAGAGAUUUCUGUGCGUCUGGACCAGGCCACACCUUUACACAAGCUGGCCACUAAGUACCAGGUUUUGGGUCUCCAGCAAGGCAUCACCCAGUACAUGACCCAGAAUCUAGCCCAGGAGUCCCCCUCAGGUCACGUGGCGAGCUGGUAUGAGUACGCCCUGCAGGCCGGGGACGUGACUCUGAGGGAUAGCUGCCUUCAGUAUCUGGCCUGGAACCUGUCAUCUGUGCUGCAGAGCGGAGAGUGGGUGACCAUCAGCAGCCAGCUGCUCAUGUCCCUGCUGCAGCGCUCAGACCUGGUCCUGCAGAGCGAGAUGGAGCUCUUCGCAGCACUGGAGGCCUGGAUUAUUCAGAAUGAACCAGAUGGUUUGACAGCAGAGAACGCUUUGAGAGCUGUGCGCUACGCCAUGAUGCCUCCUCGAGAGCUCUUCCGCCUACAGACCCAGUCCUCAGUCCUGGCUCGCUAUCAGGAGUCAGUGCGUGACCUGCUCUACAUGUCCUACCAGUUUCAUUCAUCCUCACCGAUGCAUAUGGCCAAAUACUUUGAUGUGAACUGCAGCCUCUUUAUGCCCAGAAACUACCUGUCUCCAGUGUGGGGGUCGCCCUGGAUCAUCAGCAACCCAACACGAGACGACCGCAGCACCAGCUUCCAGACCCAGCUGGGGCCCAGCGGCCACGACGCCAGCAAGCGGGUGACAUGGAACGCCUUGUUCUCACCUCGCUGGUUACCCCUCAGCAUGAGGCCGAUGUACACGGAGACAGGCGCCAUGCAGCCAACACGAGUGGAGGGAGGGCGACCUCGCAUCAUCAUCACCCCGGCCACGUCCAGUGCUGAUUUUGCCGGGGUGAACUUCCAAAAGACGGUGCUUGUGAUGGCUCAGCAGCAAGGCAAGGUGGUGGUGAAACACGUCUACAACUUCCAUCAGAGCACAGAGGAAAACGGCGAUUUCUUGGCUGAGGCCGACCUCUACCACCGGACGUCUGAGUACCUCAUUGACAGCUCCCUCUUCCUCCACAUUGUGGUGAAGCCGCUGUACCAAACCCUCAUAACCACCAAGAACUAACCUUCCGCCCUCCUCUCCAUGUGACCACCUUACCUCACCGCAUACAGUCCAAUCCUCUGAAGUGACAUCUCGUUCAUAUCACAUUAUGGGGACAUGGAUCUGAAUCCACCUCAUGUGUGAUGUUUGGAUCAUUUGUCUCAUACAACUGCUGUUUUCACUGGGCAACUAACGCACCAGAGCUUGAGUCAUGAGUAUCUGAGAGUAUUUUGUAAAUCACGCUGAGUAUAAAAUCACAAUGUGUCUCCUUAAGGAAAAGGCUGGCGAUAUCUGGGGAAAAGACAAAAAAAUGUGGGGCUCCAUUGUUUCCAAAAACUCGUAGAAACACCAUCAGUGAGCCAGUGGACAACAUGUUCUUUAACCACACACACACACA